ACCUCCAGAAGGACACUGACUCCGCUCCGCUCCGCUCAGCCUCAGCUGGACUCCCUCUCCCUGGUCUCUACCCCCUAUCUCCACCCUGCAUGAUCCUGACAAGCCGUCUUCUUCUCCCACCUCCAUCAGGAUGAAGAACCAAAAGAAGAAGAGAGAGUCUAUUUUUCUCUUAGUCUUCCUGGUUACUCUUCCUCCCUCUUUGGGAAGGCAAACGUCGGACUACGCACCCUAUUUCUACGACAACGGACCGAGCAGCACCAAUGGGAAUAUGGCUCUCUUCAGUAUCUCAGAAGACACACCUGUCGGAACACAGGUAUAUACCCUAAAUGGCACUGACCCAGAGGGGGAUGCCGUGUGGUUUGGCCUGACCUUUGAGAAGGGCACCAGAGAAUACCUGAGAGUGGACCCCAAGUCAGGAAACAUAACUCUCAUUCAGGAGCUAGACAGAGAGAAACAAGGUGAAAUCUCAGCUCUUGUUAGCAUAACAGAUGGUCGGAAUAAGGUUGUCGAGACGAUUCGGGUGUUUGUCACCGAUGUCAAUGAUGAGCAACCAGAGUUUCAGAACCUGCCUUUCACCGUAGACGUCCCCGAGGACACUGCAGCUGGAAGCAGCAUUUACAGAGUGCAAGCUGUGGAUAAAGACAUGGGCUCUGGAGGCAGUGUCACCUACUACGUACAGGGCACCCCUACUACCAAGUUCACCAUCGACGGCCACAGUGGGGUCCUGCGGAUCAAACCAGGCGAGACGCUCGACUUUGAGACCACAGCAUUACACUUUGUGACGGUGGUUGCCAAGGAUGGAGGUGGACAGUAUAAAGGCAAGGCUCAGGUGUUGACAUCUACGGCCACCAUAACCAUCAACGUCCUCGACGCCCAAGACACCCCUCCAUCCUUCAUUGGAACUCCUUACUUUGGCUAUGUCUACGAGGUCUCGGUUCCUGGUUCUGAAAUUUCCACUGUGUUUGCCAAAGAUGGAGAUGAAGGAAACCCUAAUCCUAUUCAUUAUUCCAUUACCAAUGGUAGUGAGGGUGCCUUCACCAUCAAUAGCACAAGUGGUUGUAUCAGCCUAACAGCUUAUCCAGUCACGCUGAGGAAUGAAUUAUAUGAAAUCAAAGUCAAGGCCACUGAGCUGGGGCCUAGUGAGGAGCUGUUGGACUACUAUACCAUGACUGUGGUGACUGUUCGAGUGGUGGACCUCAACAACCACCCUCCUACCUUCUACGGAGAGAACGGACCCCAGAGCCAGUUUGAGGUGACCAUGCAUGAGCACCCUUCAGAGGGGGAGAUCCUCAGGGGGCUGAAGAUAACGGUCAACGACUCUGAUCAGGGGGCGAAUGCUAAAUUUAAAUUGAGAUUGGUGGGGCCUGGUCGGGUACUCAGAGUGGUGCCCCAGACGGUCCUCAAUGAAGCACAGGUCACCAUCAUCGUUGAAGACUCUGCUGCCAUCGACUAUGAAAAAGGCAAAUCCUUAACAUACAAGUUACUGGCUGUGGAGAUUGACACCCCUGAGAGGUUCAGUGCGACGGCUGAUAUCGUGAUUCAUCUUUUGGACACCAACGACAACACUCCCAGGUUCACCUCAGAGUAUUACAUAACGCGUAUCCCGGAGAACUCCCCCGGAGGUUCCAACGUUGUGUCUGUCACUGCCAAUGAUCCAGACUCUGGCCUUUGGGGUGAAGUCAAGUACUCCAUCUAUGGAUCUGGAUCUGAUUUGUUUCUCAUCCACCCGUCCUCAGGCAUCAUCUACACCCAGGCCUGGGCCACUCUGGACGCUGAGGUCAAGUCCAAGUACAACUUCUACGUGAAGGCAGAGGACACAGAGGGCAAGUACAGCCUGGCGGAGGUGUUUGUCACUGUCCUGGACGUCAACGACCAUGUUCCAGAGUUCGAUGACAGCCUUGUGGAGAGGACCAUGAUCAUCGGUGCACCUGUUAGGGUAGAGGCAAUAGAUGCCGAUGCAGAGUCGCCCAACAACGUCAUCGAGUAUUCCAUUAUGCAAGCUGAACCUGACAACAUCUUCGACAUCAACGCGGAGACGGGAGAGAUCAAGCUGAAGUCCUACAUCAAGUCCAUGGAGAUAGUGCAGAACAUCACCGAGCAGAAGGACUGCAGGUGGUCUCUGGUGGUCCAGGCCCGGGACAGAGGGUCUCCGUCCUUCAGCACUACCGCCGUGGUCAAGAUCGACAUCACUGAAGCGACUCAACUCAAGGGGCCUAUGGCAGCCUUUUUAUUGCAAAGUAGGGACAACCCAAUGAAGGCUCUAGGCAUGGUCGCUGGUGUCGUUAGCAUAUUGGUAGGGGUCACUGUCUUGAUAUCCACGGCUAUGUUCUUGCGCAACACAAAGUCCAACAGGAUAAUGCCGGCACGUCGCAUCAUCAUCAGACGGAGACCACCAAAGGACCGCAAGCCGUGGACGUUUAACGUACCGUUCAGUGGAGGCGGUGGAAAUGACCUCUUGAACAAGACCGUUGUAGACGACCCGGAAGCAGGGAAUGUCAGCAUCAACCCCAACAAAAACGGCAGACCCCGGUGCUCCAGGUCAAAGCCCAAGCCUCUGCCCCCCAGAGCCCCCUGCCUGCCCCCUCCAUCCUGCCCCCUUCCAUCUUCCAACCCCAGGCCCAGUGAGAGGCCCCGGGCAGCAGUGCCCACCGUCUCUGGGGCCCUGGCUUCCAAGAGCACCAGCAGAGACAGCAACAUCAGCUCUGAGACUACUAGAAUCCCUGUCAGCUCAGCCCUGGUCUCUGAACUCAAAAUGAGGCUGCAGCAGAAAAUCAUCGAGAGUAACUCAAGCUAUUAUUGAACCUGAUAGUUGUGGUGUGCUGGCGCUCUAACCAAUCUUUCAAUAAUUGUCUGGACCACUGAAGGUGCUCAGUCUUAGGAUUGUAAAACUGCAAUUGUAAAGGAAGGUUGAGGACAGCAGCUUAAUUUCCUUCAAAACUGUAUUUGUUUCUAAGCAAGUCCUUUGUCAAAGCAAUGUUGCAACACAGUAUCCUAUUAUUGAACCUAUUGAAUCUAACCAGCUCUACACGUUUUCUUAAAGAUGUUAACAUAAUGUUGGAUCCAUGGGCCUAUGGGCCCUGGUCAAGAAUAGUGGACUAUAUAGGGAAUAGGAUGCCAUUUGAGACGCAAUCUCUGUCAUCCAGCUUUAGAAAUAACUAGAGACAUUUCUGCACUGCCAUCUUGAGAAAUGUAAUGGGAUCCUUGUUAGAUAAGUCUCUGCAUUGCUGCCAUCUUGAGGGAAACAACGUGUUAACAAGAGUGACUGAGGGGGAAAUACUGGACCAUGUCUGAGGAAAAGAUUACUGCAUAUUUCUGUGUUUACAGAACUGUACAUAUGUUCCUGAAAAUUUAUGUUUUAUUUGCUUAAAACCAUGCAAUGUUGUCAAGAAUAGUGCUGAAAUAUAGGAUUAGGAUUGCUGCCAGACAAAUGUAGCCUACUAGGGAUGGGCACAGUUAUUCAAAAGUCAGAACGGCAGUUGGUAUUCAAUUUGCCUACUUGGGAGACUAUUUAUUUUUUAGAUAAAAAAAAUAGGCCUCUUUUUAUUUAUACAAUGAUCUACAUACGCUAAAAAGGAUAGCCAUUACAUUCGACAUUUGUAAUUUCUUUUGUAAUUUUCUCCCUUUUUCUCCCCAAUUCCGUGAUUACGAUCUUGUCUCAUCGCUGCAACUCCCCAAGGGCUCCGGAGAGGCGAAGGUCGAGUCGUGCGUCCUCCGAAACAUGACCAGCCAAACCGCGCUUCUUAACUACAUUCGACAUUUUAAUAAAACAACAGUUUAAUGACAGUUUGUAUGAGUGUGCUCCAUUAAAAAAAGACCCACCGAUAGCCUAGGCCGUACACACGUUCCACAGUGUAGCUUGUUGUUAUUGUCGGUCAAUCAGAGCGGCGCUACAGUCAGAGCCUAAUCAAUGCAAAAUUGAAUUAAAAUUACCGAAUUAAUUUGGCUAAAUGAGGAGUAAGCUACAAUGAUCAACCAUCAGCCUUGCUACUUUAGCUAGCCAGCUGGCUAACUUAGUUGGCUACUGUAGCUAGCUAGCCAGCUGGCUAACUUAGUUGGCUACUAUAGCUAGCCAGCUGGCUAACUUCUUUACAACGAUUUGAUUCAGUAAAGACGGGCACUACCAGAUGACAUGAUAGGAAACCUAUGGCAGCAACACGUUUGUGUAACUAGUGCCACACACCGGCCUCUACUCCUCUCUGCUCGUGUCCCUUCCCCACCGUUCUGCUGAAACAAGCAAGUCUCCAUUGAAGUUUCCAAAACAACUGUUUUCUUUAAAAACACAUAUAUUUCUACUAUCCGGAUAUCUGAAAAAAUACAAUGAUAUUAUUCUAAUAGUGAAACAAUUUCAGAUGCCCAUCCCUAAAAUGUACCCACUUUUAACUGUGCAUCAGAUCGAAGCAGCUAUAUAAGACCGCUAUAAAAUAAGAUAUAUUCUUGACAGGAUAAAUGCCAUUGCUUAAAACAUGAAGUGCUCAUGGACCUGUGUAGUGACAUUCUAAUGGUGUUUGUCAUAUUUUGAAGUAGGGAAGUAGAUGUACUAGGAUUAUGAUGUGCCACUGCCUGCUUUCAAAACAACAAAAGCUCUUGCUUGUUUGAAAUCAGUUACUUUUUUUCCUUCUCUGUUUUCUUGUUUUGCUUAAAUGCUUUUAUAUUUCAAAAGGGUCUGCUUUUAAUUUGGGGGAUUGGUGUUGGAUUACUCACUUAAAUGAAGGGAUCGCUUUGUUGUUUCAGUAAAUAUCAAACUGUAUAAAUGGAGAUGUUGUAAAAAUAAAAUAAAAAAAUAAAGUAUUAGCUAUACAUUUAUUUACUGACACGUGAGUCACUAAUAAUCACUGUUUUUCAAAAUUGUCCAUAAACCUGGUUGGAAUUUUGAAACAUUCAUUUCCACGCUGUGCGAACUACAUGGAAAUUCAUGGGAUACAUAACGAUACAAUAUAUUCUGUAUGUAUAUAUUAUUAUAAUAAUGUAUGUAUGCUGUGUAACACUUGCCUGUCCCUUGAAGUGAAAUCUUUAUUGUCUUUAUUUUAUCAUUUUGAAUAAAUAUAGGAAAAUAA